AUGGCUGCUAAAGUGACUAUUGAGUUUCCAAAAAAUUCAGAAAAGAAAGAGAAAUUCUUCAAUAAAUCAGUCAGAAGGUCAAUUUCAGUAUCGAAUACAGAGCCUAGAAGCUCAAAAACUAUGUCAAUUUCUCCUGCAAAUUCUGAAGCCUGCUAUAAGGAUUUAAAGAAACCUCAGCUUUUAUUACUAAGCAAUAAACUAUCGAUUAGAAGAAAAAAUAGCGAAAAACCCCCAGCAAAGCAUAGCAGGGUUUCCCCAAGCCCAAAAUUUGAAAAUAUUCCAAGACGGCAGCUCUCAGCAACUCGCCCACGAGCUUUAUUAAGGAAUAGGAGUUCUAAUGCAACCUCAAAGUCACAAACCGAAUUAAUUACAUUAGAAAUCCCUUUGCAUCCUGACAAAGAUUAUUGAAAUGAACGAAUUUAUUGAAAAGCAAGAAAAAUGAAAGCACAAGUUUUAAUAAUUAAUUUUGAAGGUGUCAUAGGGGACUACUAUAGAGGUUCGUUUUGAAGCUUAGAGCCUGCAUCUUUUAAGCUGAGAGAUGGGCUCUUCCAGGGGAUGCUAAAAUUAUCGCAAAAAUUCCGGAUUGUAAUUUUAAGCUGCUAUGCGAGAAAUGCUACAUGCGAGAUGACGGAAUUAUUCCAAAGCAAAAAAAUCCAUAUUGACGCGAUUUAUCAAAAAAGACAUAUAUUUUUUACAAUGAAAUAGGACUAUUAUCGUUAUCUAUUUAUUUAUUUUAUUAUUUUUUUGAUAAUAAUGCUUAUUUAUAUCAAAUAAGUAUAGAGAGUCACAGCCAAAAUUUAGACAUGACUAUACUGCGAUUUUUAAAGAUUUUGAAGUUUCACAUGAAGAGUGCAUGAUUUUAGCAGCUAUAGAGCUGGACGCUGGGGAGAUACAGAAUAGGAGCGGGAGUAAUGUGAUUUUUGAGGACUCAGCAUCUUCUUUGAGUAAAUAUUUGGUGAAGGCUGCGCCAAUACCAAGUAAAGAGUAUCAGUAUACACCUAUUACAAUUUUGGUUCCGCAUUUCAGAUUUUCUGAAAAACUAGGGUUGUCUGCGAUUGCUGAAGUAAUUAUUGAUGUAAGAGCGAACAAAAGUAUGUAUGGCAUAUUUGGUUUAAAUGUAUUGAUAUAAGCAAAAGACUAGAACUCCAAUUUGUGAUAAAUUAAUGUUUUUAUUGCAAUUAAAAUACCUUUCGAUUAACCCCAAGCAACAUAUAAAACCUCAGACAACUUUUUUCAAGACUCCUUAAGAGUUUCUAUCCCAAUUCCUAUUGAUCCUGAUCUACCUUGUAUAGCUGUAGAUCCAAAUCUAGUCAAAGCUCCAGAAGUGUACUUCUAUAUUUUUUAUAGUUUCCCUAAAUCAAUUCCAACGCUUCCACCUGUAUCUACAAGAUUAACCAAACGAACAAAACAAUAA